UCUUCACACCUCCUCCUCUUCCUACUUAAAAUUUCAGCUUUAAAUUAUUUAGUUUUUGCGAUUAACGUUAAUUCGUAAGUUUGUUUCGUAAUUACUUUUCAUUGUCCUUUGUGAUUUUAUGUUAGUAACUUAAUUACUUUUCAUUGUCCUUUGUGAUUUUAUGCUAGUAACUUAAUUACUUUCCAUUGUCAUUUGUGAUUUUAUGUUAGUAACUUAAUUACUUUUCAUUGUCAUUUGUGAAUUUAUGUUAGUAACUUAAUUACUCUUCAUUGUCCUUUGUGAUUUUAUGUUAGUAACUUAAUUACUUUCCAUUGUCAUUUGUGAUUUUAUGUUAGUAACUUAAUUACUUUUCAUUGUCAUUUGUGAUUUUAUGUCAGUAACUUAAUUACUUUUCAUUGUCAUUUAUGAAUUUAUGUUAGUAACUUAAUUACUCUUCAUUGUCAUUUGUGAAUUUAUGUUAGUAACUUAAUUACUUUCCAUUGUCAUUUGUGAUUUUAUGUUAGUAACUUAAUUACUUUUCAUUGCAAAUGGCAUUCCAAAGGUUCACGCUUGGGUUGCGGUGGAAUGGUUACACGGAAGAGACCGAAAAGGGUGUAAGUUACGUCGGUGGCAAUUUUUAUAAAAUGAAGGUCCGUACGAGACCGAUGCUUGAAGAGCUCCAUCAAAUGUGCACUCAGAUUACCUGCAUGGAUGGCACUAGAAGAGUUGAUCGAAUGGUGUAUCGAUAUCCAAACAGACAUCACGGGUCGCUGUGGCAUGAGGAAUUCCUCCUUACCACUCAAGAGGACGUUGAUGCCAUGGUCCAAUUUUUGACCACCAAUAAAUUAAGCAAGCGGAGAUGUUCGUUUACACCGAGGUCGUCGAAGGCAGUGUAGGUCAUUCUGGAGAUGGCCAAACAUCUGGUAUCCACGGUGGGAGUGUAUUAUACGAAGAUCAUCCCCACCAGGAUUUCCAAGAGUCGAGCUGGAGGCAGGAGUAUCAUCAUGGUACUGGAGGAAGUCAUCAAUCCUUCCCUUCAUAUGAAGAAGAAGCUCAACAGGCGGAUUACAACCAACAAGCAGGCUACCAGUACCCACCCGACUACAACUUCUAUCAAAGCGGUGUUAGUUACCACAACUACCAUUACGGAGCUAGUGAAGGUGAAUGUGCCUUUCAUGCUGGUAGUCAGAUGGAAGAAGAGGUCAAUCCAAGUCCAGUUAGUGACCCUGAGGUUGAAGAAGAGGAAGGCGAAGUUAGUGCUGACAGCGACGAUCCGUUGGAGGGUGCUGAUGAUUCCGGUCCAGAUUCAGACGCAGAUGGUGAUGAGGUAGCUCACGACCGUGUACCUAUUCCAUACUACAAUCACAUUCAAAGUGAAGAUUGGUAUGUUGAUGCCGACAUGGACCCGCCAGAUGUGCCAGUAUGGGGUCCACUAACUGGCUUUACGAAGGGCCAACAAUUUGCAACGAAGAAUGAGGUCCGACACGCUAUUUCCACUGAAGCAAUGACUCGGAGUUUUGAAUGGCAAACAACCCAUUCCGACACAAAGAGGCUGCUGGUUCGAUGCAGAAAUGAAAAUGAGGGAUGCAAAGCUAGGGUUCGGGCUAUCAAAUAUACAUUAUCUAAUAAAUAUUAAUAUUAACAUAACUAAAGUAAUAUUCGAAAUUUAAGUAUAAAUAUUUUUUGUACACAUACACAUAAAAUCAAAUAUAUUAUUUUGUUAAUCGUAUUAAUUAUUUUCAAUAAUUUAAAGCAAUACAAGUACACUCGUAAGACUCUUAGGAGAUGUAUACAUCUCCUUAGAAACACAGUCCUUUUGACAGAAAAAGGGGGGAUCCGAGGAUCGCUUAGAACCCGAUUUUCCCUGAUCAUGGGGGGAUCAUGAUGAUCGCUUAAGUCCCCAUUUCCUUAGACAUGCAUUUCUUUAUAACAGAGUCUCAAUAAGUGUUGUAUUGUAUUGAUUUAAAUUAUUAAAAAUAAUCAAUACGAUUAACAAUUAAGUAAAUUAUUGUACAACAAAUAAAUUACUUUAACAAAAUACAAAUUACAAGUGAUGAUAAAUAAUAUGUACCUUGUGGUUGUUCCAAACGUCUCUUGAACGAUGAUUUGCUUGAUCGUAUAAAACUGUCGGAUCAAUCGGUCCUUGAUCAACAUAAUAUCGUUGAUUGAAAAUAUCAACAUUCUGCCCAACCUACGAUAGCAUAACAAUAACAUAAAUCAUUAGUAUAUAAAUUAAAUAAAUCAUUAUAACAACAACAACAAUUGGGAAAAAUGAGUACGUACCGUUUGAUAAUCAUCAUAAAAAAGACCCUCUUCUUGAGCGAAAUCGGCCAUUCUCUCGGAAUCCGAACAGAGGUUCGACGGUUUUUUAGUGAAAACCAAAGAAAAAGUAUUUUGGAGGCAGAUCGGACUUAGCCGCAACCAACAAAAAAACUAAUUCUAAGGUUGGGUGGGGAGGGGUUGGGUAGAGAGAAGUUAGAGGGAGAGAGGGGAGUGUGGUGGAUGGUGUGCAGAAAAGAGAAGAGGGGGGGGGGGGGGGUUUAUAGAUUUCAAACCGCGUGGGGGAGGGUCGGUGGAAUAAUUUCUCACCACCAAAAACCGCGCCCCCAGCACGCGGUUUUAGUUUCCCGUCGGUCAAACCGCGCAUCAGGCAUGCGGUUUUAGUUUCCCUACGGUCAAACCGCGCAUCGGGGGAGCGGUUUCAUUUUCCCAACGGUCAAACCGCUCCUCGGGGAGGCGGUUUCUGUGGACGACACGGAUUGCUGACUUGGCACACGUUUUAUCCGUCUAAACGCUCCUCCGAUUGGCGGUUUGAUGCACCGCCACGUGGCAACACGGUUUGACAGCCAUGCAAGGUCAAACCGCGCCUUGAGGGCGCAUUUUUCUUUGUAACCGCCGCCUGGAGACGCGGUUUUAUAUAAAACCGCUCAUUAAAUGAGAGGUUUUUAAUAAAUGAUGGUAUUUUUGGAAAUUAUUUGGUCUGGGUGGUAUUUUUGUAAUUUUUUUUAAACGGUGGUAGUUUUGGAUUUUUUCCGUGAACUCUUUUCCACAUUCCCCAUGCAAUUGAGAAACUUCUGACGCCCGGGCCGGGCAUUCCCAAAUUUUGCUGGCUAAUUGCUUACAAGGUCUUUCUUUUUUCUUUUCUUUUUACAGUGUAAAAUUCUCUUGCAUUUCAUUAAUGGUAGAGGUUACAGAAGCGGUUACAGAGAGGUGCUCGAAAUAAGAUCGAGAAUUGUUAACCAUUCACUUGGGAAAUUAGACUGGACGUGGGAUCUAGCAAUCCAAUCAGCUCGAAAGUUGUCCUUCCUGCUUGUGGAACUGAGCGUUGGAUGAGGGGUGCGGUUUUGAGGGUUUCAACAAUCAUCCCAAUGAUAGCCGAGCAUGUCCAUGGCCAGUCCGACGGUGGUUUGGUCAAGGAGUUGAUGAUGGUAAGACAAUCCGACUUGAUCGUGCAAGCCUAGUCUUAUUAGUGUUGAUCUCAUGAACAUUGAACAGCAAACUUGUAACUCUAGCUAAUGAAAUGCAUAUAUGUUG